AUGGAAAAAGACCAACCACCACCACUGCCACCGUCGCCGCCACCCAAGAAGCUACACAUUAACAGAUCAUCAAUCUCCUACGCCAAAUCCACCGCCGCGGCCGCCUCCAUCUCGCCGUACAACUGGUUCAAAUCCUGCACACGCCGAACCCCAACCUACAUUCUCCGAAACAUUUCCUUCACAGCUCACCCUUCUCAAAUCCUCGCCAUCGUCGGCCCAAGCGGCGCCGGAAAAUCAACUCUCCUCGACAUUCUCGCCGCCCGAACCUCACCGACACACGGCGCCCUCCUCCUCAACUCCGCCCCUCUCAACCCUUCCACUUUCCGUAAACUCUCCGCCUACGUCCCUCAACACGACGCCUCUCUCCCUCUCUUAACCGUCUCCGAAACCUUCGCCUUCACCGCCCGCCUCCUCCUCCCUAAAAAAUCCCAAAUCCUGACCACCGUCAACUCCCUCCUAGCCGACCUCCGCCUCACCCACGUCGCCAACACCCGCCUCAUCUCCGGCCUCUCCGGCGGCGAAAGGCGGCGCGUCUCAAUCGGCUUAAGCCUCCUCCACGGCCCAGCCGUUCUACUACUUGACGAACCCACCUCCGGGCUCGACAGUGGGUCGGCAUUUAACGUGAUCUCGACCCUUAAAUCGAUCUGCGAAUCGCGUAAUAGGACGGUGGUGGUUUCGAUUCACCAGCCGAGUUAUCGGAUAUUGUCAGCCAUUGAUGGGAUUCUUUUGCUAUGUAAAGGAUGUGUGAUUCACCAUGGGAGUGUUUCGAGCUUGGAGAGUUAUUUAGUUUCGAAGGAAUUUUGCAUUCCGCCGCAGCUUAAUCCUUUGGAAUUUGCUAUGGAAAUUCUCAAUAACCUUACGCCUUCUUCUUCUAAUUGUAGUUCGGAUUGUGAUGAUUCUUCGGGCGUAAUUAUUGGUAAUGAAGGUAUUAAUUGUUCGAAUUAUGAAGAUAAUGAUGAGAUUAAAUACAGGAGCUCCAGAUUGCAUGAAAUCUUGACCCUUCAUUGGCGAUUUUGGAUUAUUAUUUUUCGAACGAGGCAGCUGCUUUUGACUAAUACUUUGGAAGCUCUCAUUGUUGGAAUUGUCUUAGGAACAAUUUACAUAAACAUUGGAAUGGACAAAGCCGGCAUAGAGAAAAGAUUGGGUCUAUUCGCCUUCACGCUUACAUUCCUCCUCUCUUCCACAACCGAAACUCUCCCCAUUUUCCUCAACGAACGCCCCAUUCUCCUCCGUGAAACCUCCGCCGGCGUCUACCGUCUCUCCUCUUACAUAAUCGCCAACACCCUCGUUUUCCUCCCUUACCUCCUCGCCGUUGCCGUCAUCUACUCCGCCUCCGUCUACUUCCUCGUCGGACUCUGCGCCACGUGGCAAGCUUUCGCCUACUUCGUCCUCGUCAUCUGGAUCAUCAUUCUCAUGGCCAAUUCCUUCGUUCUUUUCUUGAGCUCCCUCGCCCCGAAUUUCAUCGCGGGGACGUCGCUCGUUACCGUUCUCCUCGCUGCGUUUUUCCUUUUCUCCGGCUACUUCAUCUCCCAAGAAAGCUUGCCUAAGUUCUGGAUGUUUAUGAACUUCAUGUCAAUGUACAAGUAUGCUCUUGACGCAUUGCUAAUCAACGAAUAUUCGUGCUUGGUUUCUAGAUGCUUCAUUUGGUUUGAAGAGAAUGAAAGGGAAUGUUUGGUUACGGGAGGAGAUGUGUUGGUUAAAAGAGGCCUUCAUGAGAAUCAACGGUGGACGAAUGUUUAUGCUUUGGUGGCGUUUUUUGUGUUAUAUCGACUUCUUUGUUUGCUUGUUUUGAUUAGAAGGGUUUCUACAUCUAAGAAAUAAUAAUAAUAAUAAUUA